AUGUCCGUCGUGUCCCGCAUUGCGUCGUGCUGCUUCGGCGAGAGCAUUUUCUCCACGUCUAUUCUGGCGGAGGGACCGUUGAUCAAGAAGGGCGACUACGCGCACUUUCGGUAUUUUGUCCUGGAGGCGUCGGGACUGCUCAAGUACUACGAGAUUACGCUGCGGCAAACGAUUAACGCGUGCGGCGACAUCGUCUACCACAUCCCUUCCAUCAAAUUGACGCAGACGAGCCAGUUGAGCAAUCGAAACUUGCGUGGCACCAUGAUGCUCCACCCGUCGUUCUGCGCAAAGGACAUUGAAUCGCCGCAAGCCGCUUCAAACUUGAACGGGACGCGCGACUUUCGGUCAAACUCGUUUGCUGGCGCGACUCCCGGUCCAAGCUCCGAGAUGCGCUGCUUUCGAAAGUCCAAGGAGAUCCUUGUGUCUGGGUUUGGACCGACGGGGAACGUCGUCAGUUGGAAACUCCAAGCGACGACCCUGGAACACUACGAACGGUGGACGCGCGCGCUGCGCAUCGCGAUGCGGCCUGCUUGGGCCCUGAACGCUCCGUUCUGCCAAGUGUGCCACAUGAGUUUCCACUGGUUCAAUCGGCCGCACCAUUGCCGCAAAUGCGGAAGCAGUGUGUGCGCCGCAUGCAGCCACGCCAUCGACAAGCUUCCACUCUUGGCGUACACGUCUCCCGUCCUCGUAUGCAUCGACUGCGAUCCCAUUCCAGAAGACUUUGCACCCCAAACGAAGGUUCUCGUGUACGGCAAGCACCCCGCCAUGAUUGUCGUGUCCAAGGACACGGCCAAACCGUUUCUCUCGCAUCAGCUGACGUCGCAUCCUUCGGCCAUGUCCCUCGCCGUGCAGUACCUCUCGGACCCCGCGACGACCCCCCCAACGCUCGUCUCGGUGAAGUACGUCGAGCGCUUCUCCGAGAAGGUGCUGGCGGCGAACCGCAUCAAGUGCUGCCUUCGCAUGCACUUGGCGUAUCGGCUCUUCCGCGCCCUCCUGCAUUUUCACACGUGGACGCUUCUGGAGUCUCUCCAGGAGCAACAGACGGUCAAAAUCGUCAAGAUCAUUCGCAACACGAUCAGCGUCAACGAGCUCGCGUCUCUCGCGCCGUCGUACGAGGAGCGCACGGACGUGUCGUCGAACUUGCACAACAGCUUGAAGCACUACCGCGGCGUGCAUCUGAGCUUCCCGCUGACGGAGAACCAGGUGCUCAAGUUAUCGGACGCAUUUCGCAGCGGCCAAGUGCUGCAUGGCCAUUACGUCAUGCAACUGGUCCAAGAAGUGCUGGACCGGCCGCCGCAAGCCACGAUGACGCACAUACAGAUUCCCAAAGGCGUCGAGUUGGUUAUCGUGGGCGACUUGCACGGCCAAUAUGAAGACCUCAUGACCAUCUUUGAUCGCAAGGGGGUUCCAAGCAAAACGCUGUGGUACUUGUUCAACGGCGACUUUGUCGAUCGCGGCCUCCACGGCGUCGAAGUCAUCUGCACGUUGCUCGCGUACUCGCUGCUGUACCCGCACUUUGUGUUUUUGAAUCGCGGGAACCACGAAGCGCUCGUGCUCAACCAAGUGUUUGGGUUUGCCGAUGAAGUCGCGAAAAAGUACAACACGACCGACGAGUACCCGUUGCUGUUUGACAAGUUUGAAGCUGUGUUCAACCGGCUCCCGCUCUGCACGCUUAUCCAGGACUCGGUGUUUGUGGUCCACGGCGGCCUCCCGAUCGAACCCAACGUCACCCUGAACGACAUCGAGGCCAUUGACCACUUGCGAGAGAUCCCGACCAGCCGCCUUGACUGCCUCGAAGACGAGAUUUUUUCCCAGCUCAUGUGGAACGACCCGCAGCCCCGCGACGGGUACGGCUGA